AUGGCCGGAGACUCCUCAAAGCGCAACCAGAACCUGUAUUGUCAUUACCACCAAGACCACGGGCAUACCACCGAGGAUUGUAGGAAUCUAUGGAACCACCUGGAUCAGUUAGUCCGAGAAGGAAAAUUGCGCCACCUCUUACACCCUUCUAGCGGUCAUUUGGGCCAGGCAGUUCAAGAGCCCCAGAAAGACGUAUCUUUGAGACCUCCCAUGGGGAUGAUACACGUCAUCCUCGUCGCUCCGGGGAGGAUUGGCUUUUUUCCCUCCAGGGUGAUGUCUGUGGCUCGACUCUCCGCCGAGGAUGGUGAGAGGGAGUCCAAAAGAUCUAAAAAGGGGAAGUCACUUGUGCUGGGAUUCUCGGACGAGGAUAAGAUUGGAACUAUCCAACCUCAUGACGAUGCUUUGGUAGUCACACUAAGGAUUGGAGGGUUCGACGUGAAGAAAGUACUGGUAGACCUGAGCAGUGCUAUGGAAGUGAUGUACCCUGAUCUGUACAAGGGGCUGAACCUAAAGCUCGAGGACUUAACGGCUUAUGACUCUCCUCUUGUAAGUUUUGAAAGGAAGACUGUCAUACCAAAAGGGCAGAUCAGAAUUCUCAUGUAG